CCCAUCCCGACUGCCGGAAGUUUGUAAAGUUCGAAGUUGAAUGUAACGAUGUUGUGACACAGAGAAGGAGCCAACGCCACCUAAUCUCAAAUUAACCCUACGCAACGCAGACUAUUAACAACCACAAUGAUCGGAAACGGUAGCGCUGGAUUCAGAUUGAGAUGGAUAUGGACCCGAGGGCUGCGCUCCCAACGGCGUUGCCUCAGAAUUCCGGCCAGAUGUUCCACUGACGUUACCGCUCAAUACGCCAUGCUCGGUCUCACUCCGCUUGCUUCCAAAUCUGAUGUUAAACGAGCGUCUCGCAUUGAAGUAUCAUCCAGAUGGGUUCAAAGGGGACGUUUUUCUGAAAAGGAUAAAGCUUUUAGGGAGAUUAAAUCUGCAGAUGAGGUAAAUUUGAUUGCAUUUUGGGGAUGAAUGUGCAUAUGCUCAUUCACUUGGUCACGUUGAGAACCUUAAAAUCCCCAAAGAUGAUUAUAGUUUUUCUUCCAGUUUGGUUAGUAACUUCUAGAUUUCUUUGGGUUUCCUCAGAGACAAUGAUGUAUUGGGUGUUGGUUACACUGCUUGAGUUAUGUGGGGGAGGUUGUUCAAGUAUGUGAAUGGAGAAAGAGAACAAAUUUUAAUGAAUUUCAAGAGAAAAGAUAUAUUUGGAACCAUUAAUAGAAUAAAAUUGCGUUU